ACAAGAACCUUACAAUAACCCGUUUGUUUCCUUUUUUAUCUUUCUCUUGAUCAACUAUGGCUGAACAGAGGCAAGCAUUUCGCUUUCGACUUCCUUGGCUGUCAGCAGUUGCUGCUCCUCGUCCUUCUGAACCCCGAGUUCAGGCCCCACCACAGCCAACUACUACUGCUCCCCCUCAGCGGCCACCAUUUCGGCCUGCUGGGAUAGCUCCCUCACAGCCUCCGCCCCCUGCACCAAGAACAGAACCUCAGGCACCACCAAAAACAGAACCUCAACCGUUUCCAUCUCGUGCAGCCACUGAAUCAAGGGUUGCUUCCCAACCAGCAUCACCAGCUCGUGCAACUCAAACUCGGGCUGCUUCAGUGCCACCAUCACCAACUCGAGGAUCUACUGAAACCCGAGUCAGCUCUCAGCCAGCAUCACCAUCUCGUGCAACGACUCAAACACAGAUUACCUCUCAAACCAAAUCACCAUCCCAUGCAGCUACGCAGGCAAGGGCUACCUCUGUACCCCCAUCUCCAUCUCGCACUGCUUCCCAGACGCAAUCAGCAAUACAAGCAGGCCCCCGGCCUCAAUCUUCAUAUCCUUUUGCCUCUCGUACUACUGGCCAAACAUCACAACCCUCUUCCCCAAUGCGCAAAGCUCCUCAGGUGCAGCCAAUGGCCAGAGCAGUUUCUCAGCCCCCCUCUCCACCAAAGAAACCAGAACCUGUACCACAACAGACUUCUCGACCUCCUUUCAGUCUUAUCCAACCCCCAUCAUUUGUCCCUCGUGAGCAAGAACCGAAGCCAAUCGGAUCUCUGAAGCCGUCACAAGAAAAGCCAAAGACACAAAUCAAAUCUGAGAUUGUAUCUGAAUCUCAAUACCAAACUGCAACCAUCUUUAAACGUGAUAGAGUGACAACACCGCCAGCACAAGCAUCAGAUGGAGUCGCACCAUUUGCUAUGGCAGAAUUUGGGAAAGUGUUUAAGAAAACUGAAGAGAAGAAAGAUGUGGGAGAAUCGAUGAAAGAAAAGAAGGCGGAAGAUGGAAAGAAAGAUGCAGUACAUGAAGUGAAAGAAGAAGAUACUAAUGAGCCAGUUGAUGAACAGAUGCGGAAGGCACUCACUAAGCUUCUUUCAGGGGCAUCAGGUUCAGGAACACAGACUAAAGAGUUUCUGAGUUCCACAUCUCAAACUGGGGAUAGGAAGCAGGAGAAGCAAGAAACUUUUGAUAGAAAGAAGCCAUUGUCAACCUCCAGCCCUGAUGAAAAACAGAUCAAGACUGUGAGUUCAACACAUCUGAAAGACAGGAGCACUCGAGUUGAUAUUCUUCGAAAAGCACCACUGCACAAAGAGAUCAAGGAUGAUAUUUUGAAGUUUACGCAUAGGCUGACCUUAGGGAAUUCCAAGCAGACAAUGGAUGGAAAACAAGUAAGUAUUAUGACCCUAGCAGGUGAAAACAGAGGAGCGUCCAUGCUCCUAGGCUCAGAGUCAGCCAAAAAGGAUGGUUCGGUUCACAUUCACCGUGGUUAUAAGAUCGACUCAAAUGAAAUCCAUGAAUCUACCACUGAUGGAGAAGGAAGCUCCAAGGAAAGAAUUCCUAGAGAUCCCAUUGCCGGAAAAGAUAAAGAAACAAAGGUACAUAUCAACAGUAAUGUACAGAGCAUCAAUAGCUCAAUUUUGUCCGAGAGUUCGGUCAAUGAAAGAAAUCCUGGUGUUCAGCUGGAUUUCUCUCACAACCAAGCAGAACACACCAAAUCAACUAUUCAACCGGAGUCUGCUGAGACACGCAAGGCUGAAUAUAGCAUCACUCCAGCACAGAAUCUUACUUAUCAGCCCACAAUAAGAAGACGGUGCCUCAGAGGGCUUUUCCUGGAACCAAGCGACUCAGACCCAGAUAAUCCUGAAAAGCCACGACGUCACGGAUGCCUCUACAGCUGUGGGGAGACGAGCGAAGAUAAGGAGAUAGGGCUACAUUGACCAAGUCAGACAUGCAUUGCAACAUGCAUGUACACGAUGAUAAAAUAAAGUGACAAUAAGGAUGCUGUAUCGUCCAUGCUUUGAAUGUAUAUGGCUUUACAUUUUAUGUUUUAAGAAAAUGUGAUCUGUAUUUCGCAAUCUCAUAUCAAAAUAUAAUUACACAACGCUUCUAAUAUACAAUUAAGAGAAUCAAUCUGAGUCCUGC